AUGGUGGUCGCAGAGACGGUGAUGGCCGUGCGGGCUCCAGCAAUGCAAAGGUCUAUGCGAAAUAGAGAACACAACACCAAGUUCCACCUACCUGAGGAUCCCAAGGGAAAAAAAGAAAAUCUAAACUCUGAGAGGCCUACUAGGGUCUUGACAGAGACCAGACACUCACAAAGAGAGGAUCAAUCUUUGGGUAAGACCACAGGGUUGCCAACAACUAAGUUGGCUGAAAAACGUCAGAGAACUAAGACCCUUUUCAAGAAGUUCAAUGAAAUGAAUUGGCCAUUGGACAUUCGCCCUUUAAACAAAACUUUAGUCCAAGACAACAAAUGGAAGAAAACUGAUGAGACCCAAGAGAAACGCAGGUCUUUCCUUCAGGAGUUUUGCAAGAAAUAUGGUGGAGUGAGUCGUCCUCAGUCACAUCUUUUUCAUAUGGUAUCCAGGAUCUAUGUGGAAGAUAAACACAAAAUCUUAUAUUGUGAAGUACCCAAAGCUGGCUGUUCCAACUGGAAAAGAAUUCUGAUGGUACUAAAUGGAUUGGCUCCCUCUGCAUACAACAUCUCCCAUGAUGCUGUUCACUAUGGGAAGCAUUUGAAAAAGCUAGAUGGCUUUGACUUAAAAGGGAUAUAUACUCGUUUGAAUACCUACACCAAAGCUGUGUUUGUUCGUGAUCCCAUGGAAAGAUUAGUGUCAGCAUUUAGGGACAAAUUUGAACACCCCAAUAGUUAUUACCAUCCAGUAUUUGGGAAGGCAAUUAUAAAGAAAUAUAGACCAAAUGCCUGUGAAGAAGCAUUGAAUAAUGGAUCUGGAGUCCAAUUCAAAGAAUUCAUCCACUAUUUGCUGGAUUCCCACCGUCCAGUAGGAAUGGACAUUCACUGGGAAAAGGUCAGCAAACUCUGCUAUCCAUGUUUGAUCAACUAUGAUUUUGUAGGGAAAUUUGAAACUUUGGAAGAAGAUGCCAAUUACUUUUUACAGCUGAUUGGUGCUCCAAAAGAGCUGAAAUUUCCAAACUUUAAGGAUAGGCACUCUUCCGAUGAAAGAACCAAUGCUCAGGUCGUGAGACAAUAUUUAAAGGAUCUGACGAGAACUGAGAGACAGUUAAUCUAUGACUUUUAUUACUUGGACUAUUUGAUGUUUAAUUAUACAACUCCGUUUUUGUAGUUUGCAUUCAUUUUCUAAAACCCUAUAUUUACUUCAUGAUUAUGGCCUCAAAUCAGCUAACUGUAAUUUUCCUAUAAUUCUCUGUAUGAGAGAAAUUUAACUAAGUGCAGUUGUCUUGAUUUAAUGAAGAUUUUUGCCAAAUAGUAUGACACCAAUUGGCACAAAGUUAUAGGAAAAUUACCUAACAGAGACAUGUAAACAACUUGAGUUGCUCUAAAAUGUUUGGAAAAGAGCUGCUUUUGCAUUAUGAAUUAUAUUAUAGAAGCAAUAACCUAGCCAGCUGCUACAUUCGCUAAAACAGCCUCUUGCAAUGGGAGGAGAAGGGAUCUAAAAUAGCAUGAGUAUAUGUCUGCAUCCUGGAAUUUGUUGUCUAAAAUGCAUGGAUAUAUUUUUAGCUGUCUGUGGCAUAUUAAUCAAACAUUGGAUACUUUUCUGACACCCUGGAAAUCGUUUUACCAACUAUAGUGAUAAAUCAAUUUUGAAAUGAUAUUUUGGACCUGGGCAUUUUGCUUUAGAUUGGAAGGCAUUAUGUGAUUUAGAAUAUGAAAAUAUAGCAGAAAAACCAGAUGAGGCUAUGGCUUUUUAUAUUCAACAGCCAAUAAAAAAUGCACAACAUGCUAAGAUCAAAGCAACAGAAGCAACCUUCCUCUUCCAGAAAAACUUAAGGGAAUUGAUUCUGCUUUCUUUUGAGCCCUCUAUGCAGAGACCAAAUGAACACCACUGCUAAAGGUCUUCGCUUCUGAAGCAGGCAGUUGAGAAGUUUAACCCUCAUCAGAUAUAAAUGUGCUCCUAAUUCUGCUUUAAUUGGGCAGGGGGGAAAUUGUUUCAGGAUGGAAUAAUCAUCAAAAACAAAAGUUACCACUCUGAAUAUAGACCUCAAACAAUAGCAAAGUCUUAUAAGAAUAUUAUUUGAAUCAAAGCAUCAUGUGCAUAGCUUUAU